UGGUCCGCGUUUUCUCUCCUGAGUCGUUUCCACUUCAGCAUGGGAACUGCGGUGUCCAAAAGGAAGAAUCUGAGGAGUGAUGCGAUAUCUUCCGUGGCAGCAAAAGUUCGAGCAGCCAGAGCAUUCGGAGAUUACCUGUCCAACAAUAACACUGAGAAUCACAACGGAGCAGAUCAUCUAUUGUCUAACACCUUCCUGGGACAGGACUGUGACUCUCCAGACGUCAGCCACUUGCACAAAAACAGUCUGAGCGACAAUCUGCCCAUUGCUAAAACUCAUCAGCCCUGCCAAUCCAAUCCCACCGCUAACCCUCCUCAGCCCCCAGCCAACACCCUCCAAGCUGAGGCACCAGUUGGCCCCUGCAAACGUAGACUUUCUAGUGAGCGCAGCCUUUCCACAGAGGACGCAACAAGCACCAGAGGCCCAGAGGCGAGUGUGUUGGUGAAGCCAGCCAGGGUGUACACAAUCACUAGGGAAGCAGGGAUGACCCUUGGGAACCGGAGCAGUGAGGAGAGCCUAGAGCUUGAGGUGAUGAGGGGCUCACGGGAGCAACCUCUGUUGCAGGCCCCUACCUCUGUAACUCAAAACCCCUCCUGCACCAGCCAGCCAUCUGCAACCGCCGCCCGCGGUAGCCAUCACCGUAGCAGCCAUCACCGCAGCAACCAUCACCAUAGCCACCAGCAGCAAGGAGGUGCACCAUCAUCAUCUCAGCCUCUUCAGAGCUCUGGGAGUGCCAACAACAUCCGUGACUGGGGGAUCAGGAGAGGAGGGUCAAGGGAGGACUACACCCCAGACUGUGUGGCCUGCAUCCGGGCUCCAUGUCAAAAGCAGCGUUCCCUCGACCUGGACACGUCACCCCGGGAUGGAGGGAAGCCCCGCAAGAAACUGGAGAGAAUGUACAGCGAGGACAGAGGGUCUUCAGACGACAAAGAGGACAAUCCUAAUAGCUGGUUCCCCAAAGAGAAUAUGUUCAGCUUUCAGACAGCCACCACCACCAUGCAGGCAAUAUCAAAUUUCCGCAAACACCUCAGGAUGGUGGGCAGUCGCAGAGUGAAGGUCCAGACCUUCGCCGACCGCCGAGCCAAGAGUUUCAGCCGCUCAUGGAGCGACCCCACCCCCGUCAAGACUGAUUCAUAUCACGACUCCAGAGACAGUGGUGAGCUCCAGUCCUCUUCAGGGACACUAGAUGAGGGGCUGAAUGAGGACGCAGACUGGGGGGAUGAAAGGGAGAUGGAGAGAGCCGCCUGUGAGGGAGACGACUUCAUUCCACCUAAAAUCAUGCUGAUAUCCUCCAAAGUCCCUAAGGCUGAAUACGUUCCCAACAUCAUUCGUAGGGAUGACCCCUCCAUUAUCCCCAUUCUUUAUGACCACGAACACGCCACGUUUGAUGACAUACUUGGGGAGAUAGAGAAGAAGCUGACUGCUUACAGAAAAGGCUGUAAAAUCUGGAACAUGCUCAUUUUUUGCCAGGGAGGUCCAGGACAUCUGUACCUGCUGAAGAAUAAAGUGGCCACGUUUGCAAAGGUUGAGAAAGAAGAUGACAUGAUACAGUUCUGGCGACGGCUCAGUAAGAUGAUGAGUAAACUGAACCCCGAGCCCAACCUGAUCCACAUCAUGGGCUGCUACGUGCUGGGGAGCGCUAAUGGUGAAAAGCUGAUUCAGACUCUGAAGAGGCUGAUGAGACCCUCCUCGGUUGAAUUCAAGUCACCACUCGAGCUGUCUGCACAGGGCAAGGAGAUGAUCGAGAUGUACUUUGACUUCCGUCUGUACCGCCUGUGGAAAAGCCGUCAGCAUUCCAAGAUGUUGGACUACGAUGACCUCCUGUGACUUGGCCCACCUUCUUUUGGCCUGUUGGCUGCUUAACCAGCUCUUCUGAGCCUGCUGUGAGGCCACAGCGUUUUUGGUUGAAGGGGCCCCUGAGAGGCUCCUAGACUGGCUCUGUGAAAGAGCAAUGCAGCUGAGUCU